AUGGAAAAUCUGGUGGCAAAAGUUUCCAUGACAGGAAACAGAUGUUUUCCACUCUCACUAAAAUAUGCAAACUCUGUGGCUAUGAAAGCAAUAGUUGAAGAAUCCACUUGGUGUUGGUACAAGAGGUUUAGUCAUUUGAAUAUGCAGAGUUUGAAGUUGUUACAACAACAGGAGCUGGUCUAUGGAUUGCCUGAAAUUGGCAAUGCAUACAGAAUUUGCCAAGACUGUGAAAUUGGAAAAUCACACAAGGAGGCCUUUGGUAAAGAGAAUACUUUGAGAGCUAGUGUACCUCUGGAACUGUUUAAGUCAAAAGUGUUUAACAUUUUCAAGAAAUUUAAGGCUAUGGUGGAAUUACGAAGUGGCUACAAAAUCAAGAAACUUAAAAGUGACAGAGAAAUUGGCUUGGAAGGCCAACUAAUUGUGGCCUACUCACCUCAGCAAAAUGGAGUUGCUGAGAGAAAGAACAUGACCAUUGUAGAGAUGAGCAAGACAAUGAUGAAAGAGAACAAACUACCAUACAAAUUCUGGGGAGAGGCAGUGAAUACAGCUAUCUAUAUUCAGAAUAGAUGCCCCACAAACGCUUUAGACAAUAUCACUCCUUUUGAAGCUUUUAGUGGAAGAAAGCCUGGAGUUAAGCACUUGAGAGUGUUUGGCUCUAUCUAUUUCUGUCAUGUGCCUAAUCAACAAGAUCACUACAUCCAAAGUGUGACCUUUGAUGAGAAUUCAUUAUGGGAUUGGGACAAGCAAACUGCUGAUUCUAUCUCAAUUCCAAUGAGGUUUGAAGACACUUCUAGAAGCUCUGAAGAGGAAUAUGAUGAAACAAUGAUUGACAGCACCUCUAGACCAAUUGAGGUGCUUACAUAUGGUGCUAAUGUUGAUUCACCAGGUGACUCACCAAGUUCUACACCUGUGAAGCUUAGAGACAUCACUGAGAUCUAUGCUAGAUGCAAUAUGAGCAUCAUUGAGCCAGAGAAUUUUGCAGAAGCUUCAGAGGAUAAGGCUUGGCAAAAGGCAAUGGAGAUAGAAAUGGAGAUGAUUGAGAAGAAUGAGAUUUGGGAACUAGUUGAUAGACCAAGUGAUAAACCUGUGAUCGGUGUUAAAUGGGUUUAUAAAACCAAAUUGAACCUUGAUGGCUCAAUACAAAAGCAUAAAGCUAGGCUGGUGGUCAAAGGCUAUGCACAAAAGCCUGAAAUUGACUUCAAUGAGACUUUUGCUCAUUUACAUGUCAAGUCUGCAUUCCUAAAUGAUGUGCUUAAGGAGGAAGUUUAUGUAGAUCAACCUGAUGGAUUUGUGAUCACACACUAUGAGGAUAAGGUGUACAAGUUGAAGAAAGCCUUAAACACAAGUGAGGCUACAUUGUACUGCAAGACUAAGGAAGACUCUGGAACUCUAAUUGUCUCAAUCUAUGUUGAUGACAUUGUGUAUACAGGAAGCAGUGGAGAAUUAAUUACAGAAUUCAAGUCUGAAAUGAUGAGAAGUAUGACAGUGAUUCAAACUGAAACUUGCAUUUUCAUAAACCAAAAGAAAUAUGCACUGGUAUUAUUGAGCAAGUUUGGUUUGAAACAAUGUAAGCCAGUUAGUACUCCUCUGGUGACAAGUGAGAAACUGUGCAAGGAUGAUGGAAGUGAACCUACAGAUGAGAAUGAAUACAGACAUAUUGUGGGUAGCUUAUUGUAUCUAACAGCUACAAGACCUGACAUAAUGUUUGCAGCUAGCCUAUUAGCUCGGUUCAUGCAUUGUCCAACAAAGAAACACUAUGGAACAGCUAAGAGGGUGCUGAGGUAUAUUCAUGGCACCAUUGAUUUUGGUAUUGAAUAUCAUAAGGGAAAAGAGGCUAUCAUAAUUGGAUAUUGUGACAGUGAUUGGAGUGGAAGCCAAGAUGACAUGAGAAGCACUUAUGGCUAUGCUUUCUCUUUUGGCAGUGGAGUAUUUUCUUGGGCAUCAGUCAAACAACACAGUGUAGCUCUCUCCACAGCUAAAGCUGAAUAUGUCAGCAAAAGUGAAGCUACUACACAGGCUAUAUGGCUGAGGUUUGUGCUAGAAGACUUUGGAGAAUUGCAAACUGAUGCAACCCCAUUAAUGGUGGAUAAUACCUCUGCCAUUGCAAUAACAAGAAAUCCAGUUUUCCAUCAGAAAACCAAGCACGUCAACCGCAGGUCCAGAUUCAUGCCAGUGUACAGCUCACAGGCCGGUACAACUGUGUAUUGGCUGAGUCGUUUUUGUACUGGUUAA